UCAAGGCUAUUUACACAUUCCCUUACUCUCGUAUUAUAAGUACGCUAUCCGUUGCUGUAUUUCAAAGUCACAAACAGCUGCAAGCGAACCAGCAGUUACUGUUUUUUGUACGUGUUGGAUAAGUCCAGAUCUAAUAAGGAAAUGCUUUGAACCAGCUGUCAAAUUAGUCGGUUGAACUUGUAUACGGGUGACGAGGUAUAGUGAAUUAGUGACAUUCAAAAUGCCUCCGUCUUCAGGAGAAUUAUGGGGGCAUCCUGUUAUGCCAUCAUCUGUCCUUGUUGAUUGUUUAUUGCCAAAUGGAAUUGUCAUUCAGUUGGGGUGUGUAAGAGAUGCCCCCCUAAAUGUCAUCAAAGGAAACUUGUGGAGGGAAGCAAAAAAACACCCACUGUUCUAUCUCCUUGGAGAUCCAUCCACAUACAUUUUUGUUUCCAUUUCACAUGAUGCUGAGCAAGAAGAAUUUUAUGACGAGUCCCGAAGAUUGUGUGAUCUGCGUUUAUUUCUUCCUCUUUUGAAAAUUAUUGAGCCCCAAGGAAAUAAAAUGGAAAAAAUUCUCAACUCAGAGAUUGGUUUAGCUGUUGGAGUUGCCAUCCAUGAACUGGAUGAAAUGAAGGAUCCUGAAGUGCAAGAUUUUAGACGAAAUAUUAUGCAGGUUUGCAAAGAAUGUGCAGAGUUACGUGAUCUUGAGGGACUAGAAACCCAAGCGCUUUUCGCCUAUCCUGCAGAAGUUGAGACUAAAAACGACUUUCCUUCGUCAAUUGAAAAAAAGCUCGAUCGAGGAGAGAUAAUCCUGUGUAUAUGGCAGUUAGCAAAUGACGGAGCUGACCAGCAAAAGCUAACAGUUCGGGUGUCAAAAGACGCGUUCCCAGAAACGGUUGUCGCUGAAGCUAUCGGCAAAAAGAGUAAAAGCCUCCGAAUGUCGCGUGAACAGCAAAUACAGCUCAUCGACGAACACCAGAAAAGUUUUGUGCUAAAAGUUUGUGGAACCCAGGAAUUUUUACUCGAACGAUAUGCAAUUUGUCAGUAUAAGUACAUUCGCCAUUGUUUAGCGAAAGGAGAAAUUCCUCAGCUCUGCCUGUUUUCCCGCCGCGAAGUUUAUGCAAGCCUUCCAGAAAACACUUUGCACAUACCGUCGUACAUGCGAAGAACUCUUCCAAACCCUCCUACUGGCAAUUCUCUUUCCCUGUGGCAACUCAACAACUUGUUUCGAGUGCACAUUCUUUGGGCCACUUAUGUAAAUGUCAGAGACGUAGACAUGAUUUACGUCCGCGCUGGCCUCUAUCAUGGCCAAGAGCCCUUGUGCUCCACUAAAGAGAGCCAGCAGGUCCCCUUUAAUUCUCCCAAAUGGCAUCAGUGGCUAACGUUUGAGUUGAAUUUGGUCGAUUUGCCGCGUGGCGCCAGACUUUGUCUUUCCAUCUGUUCGGUUACCAAGCGAAAGAAAAGAGAGGAACAUUGCAUGCUUGCAUGGGGUAACAUCAACAUGUUUGACUAUCGGAAUUCACUGCUUACCGGUAAAGUUUCACUGUCUCUGUGGACGGUACCUAAAGGAAUGGAUGCACUACUCAACCAUUUGGGAACAACCGGAUCUAAUCCCAAUAAAGAUGCACCAUGUCUGGAAGUAGAAUUCGAUCGUGUGACACCGAUGAUUUUAUAUCCGGAUAGCAAUGCGGUUGAAGAGUAUGGUCGGUUUGUUACCAGUAUACCGAUCGUCGGAACUAGUCUUCCUACCGAUUCGGCAAAAACGACUUCCAACAUCGAGGGUCUGUUGGAGAUUCAAGCAAAAGAUCCGCUUAGCGAACUUUCUGAACAGGAGAAGGAUAUGUUGUGGGAAAUGAGGCACGUUUGUUGCAAGAAAGUUCCGGAUGCGUUACCGAAACUCUUAGAAGCUGUUAAAUGGAACAGCCGCGACAAUGUCGCUCAAAUGUUCCUACUUUUAAAUGUAUGGCCUCCUGUUGCACCCGAAACAGCACUGGAGCUGCUAGAUUGUAAAUAUGCCGAUCCUUCCGUACGGAAACUUGCUGUUAGGUGGUUAGAUAAAUCAUUGAGCAAUGAUACCCUCGGUCAAUUUCUCCUCCAGUUGGUUCAAACCUUGAAAUAUGAACCAUAUUUGGACAAUGAACUUUCACGCUUUUUACUAAAACGCUCUUUACUUAAUAAAAAAAUUGGACACUUUUUCUUCUGGCAUUUAAAGUCUGAAAUGAAUAAUCCCUCGAUCUCACUCCGUUUUGGGAUUCUUCUGGAAGCUUAUUGUCGGGGCAUAGGAGGUCAUUUAAAAGGUCUUUUACGGCAAGUAGAAGCCCUAGACAAGUUAACUAAACUGACGGAUGUCUUGAAAGUAAAAAAAGACGAACCCCUAAAGGAUCGCAUGAAGUAUUUAUGUGAAUCAGUGUCUCAGUCGGAUUACGUGGAUGCGUUGCAGAAUUUUACGUCGCCCCUCAACGGUAAUCAUACCCUCGGCUCCUUGGUUGCGGACAACUGCAGGAUAAUGGACUCGGCUAAAAGACCUCUUUGGCUAAUCUGGAAAAAUCCUGAUCCUCUUGGUCACGCGAUUCAGCCCCUGUAUUCUAUCAUUUUCAAAAAUGGUGACGACCUUCGACAGGAUAUGCUCACUUUGCAAGUCAUCAGAAUUAUGGACAGUAUUUGGCUCAACGAAGGACUCGACCUUCGGAUGAUGCCGUACGCCUGUUUGUCGACGGGCAAAGACGUUGGAAUGAUCGAAGUUGUACGGCAAGCCAAAACUGUUUACGGUAUACAGCGGCAAGGUGGAAAGUUGGCGGCUAUUCAAGUAGAUUCUACGCAGCUGCACAAAUGGAUCAAGGAGAAAAACAAAGGGCCAAAAUACGAGCAGGCCAUUGAAACUUUUACUCAUUCGUGUGCUGGCUAUUGUGUCGCCACUUUUAUCCUCGGUAUCGGCGAUCGUAAUCCGGAUAACAUUAUGGUCAAUGAAGAUGGCAGUAUCUUCCACAUCGAUUUUGGUCAUUUUUUGGGACAUUUUAAGAAGAAAUUCGGUAUCAAUCGAGAGCGAGUACCAUUUGUCCUCACAGAAGACUUCCUUUACGUCAUUUCAAAGGGAGUCGAGAAUCCAACGAAAAGCAAAGCCUUCCAACUAUUCCAAGAACUUUGUGGACGAGCCUAUCUAGCACUUCGACGGCAUGCGAAUCUUCUCAUCACGUUAUUUAUUAUGAUGUUGCCUACUGGGAUUCCAGAGUUACAAUCAGUAGACGACAUCGGGUACCUUCGUAAAACCCUAGCUGUAGAAAAGACGGAAGAAAAAGCUUUAGAAUACUUUCAAAACCAGCUGUUUGAAGCUUAUGGAGGAGCCUGGACCACGAAGUUGGAUUGGUUUUUUCACAGCGUUAAGCAUAUGUAGAAUCCUACAUUAAUUGAUCUGAAUUCUGACAGUUGGUAUUUUAACCUUCAUGACAAUUGAGUGUUUGGUUUUACGCGUUAUACUAGGUAAAAACGCUUGUGAUCUGCUUAAAUUAUAAUCGAAAAUGUACAAAAUGGAGGAACGACAAAGAAAUUGCUCCUCUCCCCCUCGAUAUUGAUCGUCCUGCCAGCCACAUUGGCUGUGUAUUUAAAUUGCCGAUUUCCUUGGUUGCCUUUUGCAACAUUAUCUUCGCCAUUAACUAGGCGCUUUUUUUGCAAAAAUAAAUUCAAAUUGUGUUUAAAUUA